AUGAAUUUCUUUGUUCCAGCAUCUUCAGUCUUGUACUUCUUCUCAACAAUCUUGGCAUUUGUUCUUGCAGCUGUGGCCAUGGCAAUAGAGUUUGCUGUUGGAGAUGACCAAGGAUGGACCAUCAAUUUCGACUAUGAAGCCUGGGCCAAGGACAAAGUAUUUCAUGUUGGAGAUGAACUAGUCUUCAAUUACACGGUGGGACGGCACAAUGUCUUCAAAGUGAAUGGUACGGCGUUCACGAACUGCACUAUACCACCAGAAAAUGAAGCUCUUUCCACUGGAAAUGAUGUAAUUACACUGGCCGCCCCUGGAAGGAAGUGGUACAUUUGUGGUGUAAAUGACCAUUGCGCCAACUAUGGACAGAAGCUUGCCAUCACUGUAUUGGAAGCGUUGGCAUCUCCUGCACCAGCCCCCUCCACCCCCACAGCACCAGCACCCAGCUCUACUCAUGGGAUCUCUGGGUUUGGGUAUCAUCUUCUGAUGGCAGCCAUGGUUGCUGUUGCAUUCCUAGCUGUUUGGUCUGUUUUUACUCCAGAAGAACCUUAG